GACUUUUAUUGAUUAAUCUCAAAAAUAUAUUAUAUUUGAAGAGAUUUGACGAAACCCGCUGGCUAUUGUUCUAAAACAGUAUAGGAUGAGUACUAACAGAACUGCUUAUAUAUCGUCAAUUCUAGCCAACACGACUUGCUACGAAGCGAAACCGGAUGUUACUACAGCAGUUAUUGUAAUAGUAGAUGCCAUCUUGGCCGUAGGAGCCAUUUUUGGAAAUCUCGUGGUGAUGACUGCGGUUUAUAAAUAUCGACAAUUACGAACUGUCACCAAUGUGUUUGUGGUUAGCUUAGCUGCUGCAGACUUACUAGUAGGUCUAAACGUACCAUAUUAUGUUUUAUUUUACUUCAACACUCCACUUUCUUGUAAUAAAUAUGGCUGUUUGUUGAGGUAUUGUUCGACUAUCUACGCUUCGGGAUGCUCUAUGUUGUCUUUGGUAGGAGUAGCGGUAGACAGAUACGUAGCUAUUAUUUAUGCUCUGUCGUAUCCUCGCAUCAUGACAUUCCGUUAUGCCACCCUUUAUAUCGUCAUAGUUUGGUUGUACAUGGGAGUUAUAAGCUCAAUGCCAUUAUUUGGAAUUGGAGAAACGUUUAAACCCGGAAACGAAUGCGAUCUCUACUAUACGCAUACUUCGACGUAUGCUUUAAGUGUUGUGGCUGCUCACGUUCUUUUUACUCUAGUGUCUACUACAGUACUAUACGGGAUUAUCUUUCGAGAAGCGUGGAAACAAUCCUUAGCGGUAGCAGCUCUGGAAAUAAAUCAUCGAGUGCAUAAAGAAGCAAAGACCGCACGUACGAUGGCUUUGGUGCUAGGUGUGUGCUUGAUUGGAUUUUUGCCAUAUUUCUGUAGUAUCACCGUGCGCUACAUCGAUGGUAUUAAACAAGAACAAGUGGAUGCUGUUAAAAGAUGGAUGGUUUGCUUAUAUUUUGGAAAAUCAGCGCUAAAUCCUAUUGUGUACGGAUGGAAAAAUCGUGAUUUUAGAAGCGCUUUUAAACGUUUAUUAUUAACUAAAAAUAGACCAGAAAGAGUAAAUUAGUCAGUUUUAUAUGUAACAAUUUAGGUGAGAAUAAUAAAAAGAACACAAGAGUAUGGUCGUUAUAACCUACUUUUAAGAUUAAAAAAUAACAAUUAUAUGAUAUAUUGUUAAUUGUCAAAAUGCAUUUUUGUUGAUGAACAAAUGGCAUAAGUUUUACUAAUGU